CCGGGAGCGGGCGGGCAUCUGCGCUCUUGCUUUUGUGCACGCGUCUCGGCCGCGCCGCUCCGGCGGGCGGGCGGCCGGCGCGUGCGAGCGAGACGGCGUUUGCGAGCUUGCUUCCCGCUGCGCGUGUCUGUCUGCCGCCAUGCGCGCCGCCGUGUUUGCUCCGCGACCUCGCGGCGGUAUGACGUGCGCUUAUUUAUGUUGGCGAUAAGUCCGCCGGCGAUGGCGUCUUCGGUGGCGGACGAGGCGGCGCCCGUGGGCCGCAUGGUGGACUCCAGCCAGUCGGAGGACCGCAAGAUGAUCCGGCUGGUCCGCGAGCGGCCGCUGCUGUACGCGCGCAACAACAUGCCCGUGGCCAGCGUGUACUCGCGCGUCAAGGGCCUGUGGCGCGAGGUGGCCGACCAGAUGGGCUGGAGCGUGAUGGACGUGCGGCGCAAGUGGUCCCACGUGCGCAACUCGUACUCGCGGCACCUGCGCAACGAGAUCCACGGCGCGCGCACCGGCCGCGGCCGCCGCGUGUCGCGCUGGUACCUGGCCGACGAGCUGGACUUCCUGCGCGAGCACAUGGCCACCGACCUACGAAUGUCACCUACCUUCCCAUACUCUGCAUCGCUUCUCGAAAUAGAAGGGAUAAAGUCGCCUCAGCAGGAGCCGGUGGAGACCAAGCCCUUCAUCAACAACCCCUGGCUGAGCAUCCCCUCGACCUUCGAGCCCAAGGCCGAGCCGCCCUCCAACGACGACAGCUGCAGCUCGACGUUCGAGGCCGACGAGAACUCCUCCUUUUUCCAGUUCUUCCGCGGCAUUCACAACGACUACCAGGAGCUCUCCGCCCGGCGGCAGCGCAUCUACAAGAAAAAGUGUUUGGACUUUUUGUUGGAGCUUCUGGACGAGCAGGAUUCGACGCAGUCGCCGCUGUACCAGAGCGGAGCCAUCAACCUGUCCAACUCGUCUCACGCCAGCGACGACGAGCGCGAGCACAAGGUCUGCGUCGUGGAGCACCUCGUGGAGCUGCCGCCCGCCUCCGACUGACUGUGAUACUGUACACGGCGCACGGGUGUGCGCAGCGCAUGAGCGGAAUUGAGACAAUUCCGUAUCUACUAGUUGUACUUAGAUACGAUAAGUAUAUAUUGUAGUUAUAUCUAGCUAUAAAGAGAUAAUAAUUAAUAAUCUUCUGACAGACUCACUAAAGGAGAACAAAAAUGAUUGUGUUGUCAUAACUUGGAGAUCAGAUUAUGAAAAAAUAAUAAUAUUUUUAAGUAUUUAAACAUAACUUGCAAGACCCAGGUAAGGUAUUUUCCCUUCAUAUAAAACGUAAUCCUAAUAAGCAUACAUAAUAAAAACGUAUCACUUACAAAACAGGUUCCAAACGUUGAACAUUUUCAUGUCAAGGCUGGAUCGCGAUAACAGCGCCAAGGUCAGGGCGUUGCUAACUCGUUCCGGAUUAUAACAAUACGAUUCAUGCUGGAGAGUAAAACGCAUCACUGCGCACAAUGAAAAUAAUAACAUGGUACACCUACGAUCACAAAUUCAUUUUUAUUUGCUGAUGAUCACCAAGAUGCUGAUGAUCAUUAAAUAAUAUUACAACCAUGCCUAUGCCAAUGAUUGUUAAAUCACUUUAAAUAGACAUUUCUAGUAGUGGAAGUUUCAAGUGCCACAAUAAACUGCAAUGGGUGGGAUAGGUGGGUAAUUGAAGUUCCGGGAAAAUGUUAUCGUUAUAUCAUAAUAUGCAAUUAUUUCAUGUUAAUUGUGACUGUUACUAUGUAGGUAUUUGCCGUUAGAAAUUCAAACAAUACCUUAUACCUACUAUUUUUUAUUCUGUGACAAUACCUACAAUAAGAGCUAUUGUAAAUUAUUAUAAUAA